UACUACUAGACGUUGACAUUGAAGGUUCGAUGCACAAAAUAGCACGCACCGUUGGAAGCAAUUGAAGUGAAAGAGAGUAAAACCCUACGAUGGAAUCACACGGCGGAGGACCACUCCGUUCCCGGAGUUCCCAAUCCGCUUCUCCAUCCCACUCCGCCUCCGCUUCCGCCACCUCAUCCAUCCACAAACGCAAACUCGUCUCCGAAGAUCACGCGCCACCGUUCGCGCCUUCUUCCUUAUCCGCCGACACACGCGACGGCGCCUUAACAUCCAAUGACGACCUCGAAAGCAUCUCCGCUCGCGGCAACGACUCUGAUUCCGACGACGACUCCGAAGACGCAGUUGUCGACGACGACGAAGACGAGUACGAUAAUGACAACGGUUCCUCCAUGCGGAAUUUCACUGCUGCUAGGCUUAACAAUGCUCCUUCCGCUCCUCGCAAUACGAAGAUCAAAACUGAAAAUUCAACGGUUAAGAUUGAACAAUCUGAUGGAGCUAAAGAUGCUGGACCUCCUGUCACCGGUGCCGGUGCCGGCGGUGGUUCUGUUCCCGGCAUUGUGGUUAAGGAGGACGCGACGAAGAUAUUCACUGAAAAUUUGCAGACUAGUGGUGCUUAUAGUGCCAGGGAAGAGAGUCUCAAGAAAGAGGAAGAAACUGGAAAGCUCAAAUUUACAUGUCUGUCAAAUGAUGGAGUUGACCAGCAUAUGGUUUGGUUGAUAGGAUUGAAGAAUAUAUUUGCUAGACAACUUCCCAAUAUGCCCAAGGAGUACAUUGUCCGGCUUGUUAUGGAUAGGAGCCAUAAGUCUGUAAUGGUUAUAAGGCGUAAUCACGUUGUUGGAGGCAUUACAUAUCGUCCAUAUGCAAGCCAGAGGUUUGGUGAGAUAGCCUUUUGUGCAAUUACGGCUGAUGAGCAAGUAAAAGGGUAUGGUACCAGAUUGAUGAAUCACUUAAAACAGUAUGCUCGUGAUGUAGAUGGGCUGACACAUUUUCUCACAUAUGCUGACAAUAAUGCUGUUGGAUAUUUCAUCAAACAGGGAUUUACUAAAGAGAUUCACUUGGAGAAAGAUCGAUGGCAUGGUUACAUAAAGGAUUAUGAUGGGGGAAUUCUCAUGGAAUGUAAGAUUGAUCCAAAGCUUCCCUACACUGAUUUAUCAACUAUGAUCCGUCGUCAAAGACAGGCAAUAGAUGAAAAGAUUAGAGAAUUGUCUAAUUGUCAAGUUGUUCAUGAAGGACUCAAUUUUUAUAAGAAUGAAGCUGGUAUUCCUAUGAAAAUUAUUAAAGACAUCCCUGGUUUAGGUGGAGAUGUUGGAUGGAGUCCUGAUCAGUGGGGUCAUUCGCGGUUCAGAACCUUAGGUGGUUCUACCGACAUUGCUACAAAUCUAAAACAUUUAACUGCGUUUAUGCGUACACUUCUGAAGACGAUGCAUGAUCACGCUGAUGCUUGGCCAUUCAAGGAACCUGUUGAUGAACUAGAUGUUCCUGAUUAUUAUCAAAUCAUCAAAGAUCCAAUAGAUCUGAAGACAAUGAGUAAAAGGGUGGAGUCAGAGCUAUAUUAUGUCACAUUUGAGAUGUUUGUUGAGGAUGUCAAAAGAAUGUUUUCGAAUGCACGGACCUAUAAUUCUCCAGAAACAAUAUAUUACAAAUGUGCUACAAGGCUAGAAGCACACUUUCAAAGCAAAGUGCAUUCGAUUCUCCAGUCCGGCAACAAAGUUCAGUAGGGAAACUUCAUCAGCCAUGCAUACUGUUAUAUUCAGAUUAUAGAUAUUGUAUAAUUAUUCCCUAUGAUCAAUCAGCCAUGUAAGUAGUAGUAUCGACUUGAACCAAAGUUUUUUCUGAUGCUAUUUAGGGUAACUUCCUAUUUGACUUGCUGCAACACACUUGAUAUUCUUUUUCUUUUUUAUAAAAAGAAUUGGACAUUUCAAAA